CUCCUCUCUUUGCCUCUCUCCUCCCUGGUCGUCCUCUGCAGGCCUGCUGCUCUCUGCUGCAGAGAGGGGCUGUGUGACGUCAGUGAAGGCUGAAGCGGUUCCUUGGUUGGAGCGGAAAAAAAAUGGGGAGAAGAUUGCGAGGACCUCAGGCAGUAGAACCAUGAAAGAUGAAGUGAAAAGAGCAGUUGAAUGUUGCCACUAUGUGUGGUCGUGUGACUGAGCUGGGCUCCUUCAAUGCACAUGGGAUCUCUUUUCCUCCUACUGACUUGCUGUAGUCGCCCUGUUGCCCUGUUUUCAUCAUGAGAGGAUCUGUCAGGUGCUUGACCUCUGUGCCCUCAUACUGGCGCUACCGUUGUGCUGCGUGAGCGCCCCCUCUCCUCCGGCAGUUACUGCACGGAAUGGCCUCUCUGGACCUGCCAUACCGCUGUCCUCGCUGCGGGGAGCACAAGCGCUUCCGAAGCCUGUCGUCCUUGCGUGCCCACCUGGAGUACAACCACACGUACGAGACCCUCUACGUCCUCUCCAAAUCCAACAGUGUAUGUGACGCCGCUGCUCUGCUGCCCCUAGUGGCUGAGGGAGCUCUCCUCACACCUGCCAACAACAACGACCUCUUUGAGCCGCUGCGGCCUUCAGCUUUAAAGGAGCGGCGCUUCCCUUGCCGUGAGCUUCCUUGUGCGGACGACCUGAGUUUGACCCCGGCUAACUCUAACACUGCCGCCAGGUAUAUUCCCAAUGUGGAGUUUCCCCUGGGGGAGAUUUUUAUGAAGAAAACCAUGACAUCCGCAGACCCGGGUCCCCAUGGAAACCCCAGCACAGCUGUAGCAGUGGCAGCUAAUGUAGCGGCCAGUGCAGUGGAGGCGGCCUAUGAGGAAGGCCUGGCCAGGCUGAAGGCGAGGGCGUUUGAACGGCUGGAGCUGGAUGAAAGGCUGGAAAAGCUGUCUGAAGAGGUGGAGCAGAAAAUAGCGGCCCGCGUAGGUCGUCUUCAGGCAGAGCUGGAGAGGAAGAGCUCUGAGCUGGACAGGGCCAAGCAGGAGAGCGAGCGGCUGAGCCAGGAGAAACAAAACCUGGAGGACAAGGCCUCCGAGCUCUCCCGGCAGGUGGACGUCUCUGUGGAAAUGCUAGCCAACCUAAAGCAGGACCUGGUGAACAAGGAGGAGGAGCUCAAUCACAAACAACAGGAAGUCGCCCAGAUUGACCAGUUCCUUCAAGAGACGGCGGCACGUGAAGCCAAUGCCAAGGUGCGGCUGCAGCAGUUCAUUGAGGAGCUGCUGGAUCGAGCAGACCGCGCUGAAAAACAGCUGCAGAUCAUCAGCAGCUGUGGCACCACCCCGAACGGCAGCCUGGGACGCUGCAGCCUCCAGGCCUCAAAGGGCAAUGGACGCCAGAGAAACUCCAGCCUCUCUGGGAGCACAAGAGGCAUGUACCAAGUGUCAGACCGACGUUCCUCCCCCAGCACAGGAGCAUCAGGUCGGGUCAAGUCUGUCUCACAGGGCUCUGGAGGUUAUGACAGUGACAGCGUGGAGAUGCAUCCCAUGGAGGAGUGUCCCGAGGCUCAGUACUAUCACAUGCAGUGCCGGCUGGGGGAGGGGGGUUACGAGCGCUCCCCUGGAUGUGGUGGUGGUGGUGGAUCAAGGAACUGGGGUCUUCGUAAACAGGCUAUCCAAAACUGGCAGCGGCGACCUUACAGGAACAGCACUGAGGGCGAGGAAGGAGACGUGUCAGACGUGGGCUCCCGGACCACCGAGUCUGAGGUGGAGAUGUGGGAACAAGAGAGGAGAGCUGUGGCUGAAGUCCAGCAGUCUGCUGCUCCCUAUCCUCACCACGGCAGGGCAGGAUAUCGCCCUAACACAGGUCGGUCUGAUGGGGUCAACAACAAGCCAUGUCGCCAUGAAAAGAGCCCGUCCAAAUCCAGCGAGGUGAUUAGUCCAGAGAUCCUGAAGAUGCGUGCAGCUCUCUUCUGUAUCUUCACCUACCUGGAUACUAAAACUCUGCUGAGAGCUGCUGAGGUCUGCCGUGACUGGAAGUUUGUGGCUCGUCACCCGGCUGUGUGGACCCGAGUGCUGCUAGAGAACGCUCGCAUUUCUUCCAAGUUCCUGAGCAUAUUGUCUCAGUGGUGCACUCAGACGCACUCCCUCAUCCUGCAAAACCUCAAACCAAGACAGCGGGGCAAGAAGGAAACUAAGGAGGACUACCUUAAAAGCACACGUGGUUGUCUGGAGGAAGGUCUGGAGGCAUUGUUAAAGGCCACAGGAAGUAACCUACUGAUACUGAAGAUUUCACACUGCCCCAACCUGCUGACUGAUCGCUCCCUCUGGCUGGCCAGCUGCUACUGCCGAGCUCUGCAAGCUGUAACCUACAGGAGUGCCACAGAUCCAGUUGGCCAGGAGGUGAUCUGGGCCCUUGGAGCAGGUUGUAGAGACAUCAUCUCCCUACAGGUGGCGCCACUACACCCAUGCCAACAACCUGCUCGAUUCAGUAACCGAUGCCUGCAGACGAUUGGAAGAUGUUGGCCACACCUCCGUGCUCUUGGUGUGGGUGGGGCUGGAUGUGGCAUUCAGGGGUUGGCCUCUCUGGCGAGGAACUGCAUGCGCCUGCAGGUGCUGGAGUUGGAUCAUGUGAGCGAGAUCAACCAGGAGGUGGCAGCAGAGGUUUGCAGAGAGGGCUUGAAAGGUCUGGAGAUGCUGGUGCUCAGCUCCACACCAGUCACCCCCAAAGCCCUGCUCCACUUCAACAGCGUUUGCCGCAACCUGAAGUCCAUCGUGGUUCAAAUUGGUAUAGAAGACUACUUUGAGGACCCCAACAGCCCUGAAGCUAGAAAAUUGUUUGAUGAGAUGGUUAACAAGCUGCAGGCUCUGAAGAAGAGACCUGGCUUCUCAAAAAUCCUCCAUGUGAAAGCAGACAGUCUCUGCUAACAUCUUUUGUGCAGAUUCUUCGAGUCUUGGAGAGGCGCCAUCUUGGCUCCAGUCAAUCAAAAAGACCCAGCUGUUUUGAGUCCACUCCAUGGGGUUGAAUAAGUCUGCAGCACCGACAGAAACAACAGAAGAACGCCAUGAUGAACCAGGGCCGAGGCUCAAUGUGCAUAUUCCACAAGUACAAACUUCAAACAGAAAAACUCAUUCACUAUUCCAGUAAGGGGAAAUCAACAUCUCCUUAAUGUCCUGACUGAAAACCAGUCAGGAGGCUUAUUUGGACUAUGAAGGGCACUAUAUAUCACACUAAGGGCCUGUCUCAAACUUUACAGACACAAAAAACCCAAAACUGUCAGAUUCCUCUUUCUCAGUUGUCUUUUGUUUUCACUAUAAAAAUGGAUCAUGUCGCCGCACAGAGCCAGAUCCCUUUCUUGAAACACCUGGAGCCAGGUGACAGCGCUGUAUUUAACUGUCUGCAUCCACAUAAUGCUUGACGUAUACUUGAGACUACCUUCAACACCAACAGCGUGGGCAGGAGCACAUUAUAAAUCAUACAUACUUUCCACAGAAGUACAAGGUCUUAAGACAGGAGCUUUUUAAAUGGUUUUCAUCCUGCCUGCCCUGCACUAUUGUGUGUUUAAACUGGACAACGGACAACCUUCAACACUUAUUGCUUCCACCCAGAACAGAAACAUGCUGCACCAGCUCCAGGCACAGUGGAGAGAGCAAGGACAGCACUCCCUGUAACACACAGACCUUGACAGUCUUCUGACUGCAUGGCAGCGAUGCAUUUAGCCUCCUCUACCAUCCUCUGCUUCCUCAUGUGAACAGCAUCAUGUCACAAACCCGGACUCAGUAUUUUUGAUGGUUGUAGUAUCUCUAGACCUGUUCGUCUGAGAGAACAAGAUGCAGUAUCUGAUGCUACUCAUUAACAAGGUUGGAAGAUGAUCCAUAAUGCAUUUCUAUCAAAAACUAGUGCCAUUUGUAACAGUGUCUGUCCUCAUUCCAGUGAGCGUUUUUCUCCAAUGUGCCAUUAAUGAGGGAAGAGGGACCAUGUAAGGCAGAUGUUUAAUCAAAAGUAACUUACAUUAUUUGGAAUUUGAUUUGAGUGUAAGCAGCUCUUACUGAACAUAAGGGUUUUGUGUUUCAUAUGGAACAUGGUCUCCAGGUGUUUACAGGUGUUACAGUGUUUAUAUAUCAUGAGAGUUUCAUAUUUUACCAUACUAACAGUGCCAUUCCUAUUAAUAGUGCUUGUCAUGGCUGAGGCCCUGAACAAGCCUUAUUUAUAUUUUUUAGCUGACAUCCUCUGACUCCCUCUGCUGGUUUUUCAAAGCACCUACACCGUCAACGGCCAGCUGGUGUGAUAGGACACUUCGUACUCUUUGCAGCGUGGAACAUGUGGGACCUUUUAAUGUUUUGCAGAACUCAAAACCAAGGGAUCAGGUCUUCAGUAUCACCUUCAAAUUAGGAAUUUAAUUUGGUGCAAUUCAUGGCUACAACUAAGUUUAGCAAGUAUGAGUCGCAAUACUUACUAUGGUGACACUUAGUGUACACUCCUCUGUGCUGCAGAUAAUUUAAAGGGCGGUUCCAAAAAUGAUACACAUUAAGUUUAUAAUUCAUAAGGAGUACUAUUUUGCCUGUGAAUACAGAAACCUGCGUUAGAAGCUGUAGGCAUGUAGCUAGAAAAGUGUGGAAAGAUGCAUUUACAAGGCAAAGAGGGUCUAUAGAAAAGACUAUUUAUGCGAAGGGUAGGAGUGUGACCCAUACUAGGGACCAAAAGUCAGGAUUUUUCUGCCUCUGCUGCAUCAGUCUCUUGCGAGUCCCCGAACAUUAUGAAAGUGCAAUACUAAAUCACUGCUGGAGUACCCCUUUAAACAGAGUUCCUAUUACACGCUUACAAUCACUUUGAUUUAAAAAAAUUGUGCACACCGUUUCGAAACGGGUUGAAAAAUGAUUCACACAUCAGGCAGAACAUCAUGUCCCUUCUCUUACUACACGUUUACCGUUUUGGUCAUUUUACCUGGCACACCUCAUUUGUCACAAGGCACUAGCCCUGUCUCUACAACACACAACAACAACACAACAUUCGUGGGCAGAGUGUGCAACAGAGUAAGGUGAGAGUUUCCGGGAAUGCAGAACAGGCGUUUGUCAUGUGGGAUCUUUAAAAUUCACAAACUCACUGACGAGGAGAGCUGCGAGCUGCUGUUUUUGGUCUCUGCUUCAUAGUCAAAAAUGUUUAUGAGGAGUUGUGUAGCUGCAUAUUGUAGUGAUGUUCCAGGUCAAUGUGUGAGAACAGUUGUGGAUGUCCAUUUCUUCAUGUUCUUCCAGUACUGCACAUUAUUAUUAUCCUACACUGGUACUGAUUGCCUGCUUGGUUUCAUUGAGGGAAAGAUGUUUGCGGGAAAGAUGUAAAACUUUGCUGACACAAUAGAGAAAACACAAAGCACUUGUUGAUUUUGAGUUUUAGACAAUCCUGCCUUCACUAUCAGCUUCUCUGUACAUAAUGUUUGUAAAAAAAAACAAAAAACAAAACAAGAAAAAAAGGACAAACAUUUGAUGUUAAAUAAUAUUAAGGUCAUACUUAUGAGUGGAAAAAGUUGAAGUUUACAGGUCUUCAUUCUGUAAGCAUUUUCUCUCCAAAGGUGAAUGAAAGAUAAACAUAGAGAAUUAUAUUAUGUAUAACAGUAGUGUUGAAAUUGCAGUUGUGUAUUAGAUACUUUAUAUUAAAUGUGCAUCAGAGUCAUAUAGAGAUGGAAAUUAUUUAAGAAGAGGAUAAAGAUGAUAAUUCAGCUAUUUAUUUCUAUAAAAAAAAGAGCAAUGUGUAUAAUGUUGGCAUGUUUGUGUUCAAGCAUCAAUCAUUAAGUUGCCUUCUUAACUGUUCUGCUACUGUGACAAAAAUUAUUAGAUGUUUAAAGAGCUUUGAUUGCCUGCAGGUUAAUAAUGUUUCUCUUUAUUUGAUCCAGUCUGUUGUUGCACUAGUGAGAAAAAAAUAUUUCAGAUGUUUAUUAUAAGAGUGUUGUUUUUAAUGUUCAGCUAUUUCUCAGUAUUUGACAAAAUAUGAUGCACUUUUUUUCCUGAACACUUUUACCGACCCGUCGGUCAUCAGUUUAGUCAGAAACGACACCGGUUUCUGUCAGCAGGAUGCCUGGUGGCGUUUUCUGCUUCUGUGGUAUGAAACCGACUGUUUACUUACAUGUUCGGUUUCAUGGAAAGAAGAUUUUGGAAACACAGCGAUUACAUAUGAACUUCUAUGACUGAACAGACGUACAGUUAGCCUCUUUUCUCUUACACCAUCUCUCAUAUCUCAUUGGUUGGAAAGUUAAAGAUUGAAACUGAUUCAACUACAUUCAAGUGCUUUUUAGGUUCAUUGCCAAUAUGACCUUAUGCUCACCUUUGCAUUUGUUACUGCAUUAUACUGUAUAUUUCACGCUCAUACCAAUAGUACAUUUGCUUUAUUGUGAAAAUGGACCUGCUGAAGAUGUUACAGAGCCUGUAUGCUCUGAAACUGCAGAUUAGAGGUGCCAAGUACGCCAGAAUCAUUUUUGGCUUACAUCUCCAUUCUCUGCCUCUCCAAAUAUAAAGCAGAACAAUUUCUAAUUUAUUUAUUUUGAUUCAGAAACUGAAGCAUCACUUAUAAACCAGGGUGCUUCCUCAUUCACAUGUUUAUUUAAUUAUUUAAUAUUUUAAAUCAAGUCUUAUUCCUCCUCUGUUGUAGUUACACCCAUGUAUCAUACUGUGCAAUUGAAAAACAGUGUCUGAGUGUUCAUGUACCUCUCUGUACAUAUUUUAUGUAUGAAUGAUUGUACUCUGCCCAUUCAUCUGAAUAGUAUUUUACACAUUACCUCAACACUUACCUGGGCAGUUAAGUGUGCAGUUUGUCUUUGUACUAUUUCGUUUUUGACUGCCAUCAACAGGUAUGCCGAUUUAUCCAUGAACUUCAUCCAUGUUGCUACAACGACAAAAAGUAUUCUGUUGCUGAAAAAAACUUUCCCAAAAGACGAUCAGCCUUCUUCGAUGACUGCAAUAGAUGGAAAUGAUUUACUACUCAUUUUCACUCAUUUGUUGUCAUCAAUAAAAUUGCUUUAAAUUGUA